CUUGAUAGAUCUAAAACUUGGGAUUGGGACCGCCGAACCCUUUACAAUGUUACGCCACUGUGCACCAGGAAGCACUGUCAAUGUUGAGGUUAUGUUUAGUUUUGUGCCGUCAAGAGUUUACCCCAAUUCUUAUUAUUUAGUUGAUGAAUCGUAGUUGUGCCUUAAGUUCUUAGUGAAAACACAACCAUGAUGUCUGAAACAGUUCCAAAACUCCGAACGUGUUUACUCGCGAUUAGAAAAUUUUCAACUGCACCCCCAAAAGUGCCAGUGGAGUCUCGGCAGUUGGCGUUUCCGCCAAAAUAUCAAAAACCUCGACAAGUAUGGUUAGAAAAUUUUGAUACGAUAGAAGAAAAAAAGCUCGGGAUAAUAGAUUUACAUCCAGAAAUAUUUGCAGCAAAUCCUCGCAUUGAUAUAAUCCAAGAAAAUGUUCGAUGGCAGAGUUUAUAUCGAUACGUUAGCUACGCACAUACUAAAUCAAGAUUUGAAGUAAGAGGAGGAGGUCGAAAACCUUGGCCCCAAAAAGGAUUGGGUAGAGCUCGUCAUGGUUCAAUAAGAAGUCCGUUAUUUAGAGGGGGUGGUGUCAUUCAUGGCCCAAAAUCACCAACUCCUCACUUUUACAUGUUACCUUAUUACAGCAGAGUACAUGGGUUAACGUCCACGCUAUCUGUAAAGUUAGCCCAGGAUGAUUUACACAUAAUUAUGAAUUUAGAGAUUCCCACUGAUGAACCAAACUUUAUUGAAGAAUUAGUUAGAAGUAGAAAUUGGGGACCCUCAGUUCUUUUUGUGGAUGAUGUGGAUAUUAUGCCUAGAAACAUUACGGCUGCCACAGACAAGAUAAAGCAUUUUAAUUUAAUGCCUGUGUAUGGUCUUAAUGUAUAUUCAAUGCUUAAACAUGAUACUCUAGUGUUGACUAGAGCUGCAGUAGAUUUGUUGGAGUUGAAACUGUUAACUAGUCUUCACAAAAAUGACGUUAAACCAUGUGCAGAGAAGUUCAAACUGAAUCAAGUGUAAUUUGAAAUUGACCAACUGCAAGUGUCAAAUUAACAAGUGUUCUUGGUUUUUGUGGAAAACUCGCACACAAUGUUACAUGAAAUUACAGUUGGUUAUGUAAAAAAAAAAAUGUAAGUAUAUGUACCACUUAAGACCAAUAAAGACACAUUUUGUUGAUUAGAGCAAA